AUGGACGCUUCAAAGGUGGCACAGACGACUCUGCCGUUUGAACCGUUUGUCAUACUCACACCAAGACUCCUGGUCCUGCCCACCCCACACGCCAUCUCAUCGAGAUACUAUCGAAGUCUCUAUGCAUCCCUCCACGCAGACAAGGCGUUCUGCGAGAUGGCCUUUGGCGAUCAUUUCUCGCCGGUGCAAUGGAGUGACGAGAAGACGCAUGAUGCGAUUCAGCGGGGCGACAUCAACGUAUGCUGGAAACUCCGCGGGAUGGGUGACUUUGCCGUUGGUCUACGCCCGCCCGAGAUCUUCACGGAAUCCAGCAGCGCUGUCGAGAUUCUAGAAGGAGAUGCUUUGAAAGGAAUCCCCUGCCUUGAUCUCCAGAACCUGGAUGAAAUUACCUGGGUGGGCUAUGCGGGCGUUCGUGAUGCAACUACAACAUCGAUGCCACCGCGAGAGGCAGGGGAUCCCCCUGCCACCAUGGACUGA